UAUCGACAACUUGACGCUUUUCUUAAAGUCAAAACUUUAAACAGCUGUUUGUUUCAAACAUUGAAUAUAAUAAGAAACUACCAAGAAUAUGCAAUAAUUUAAACCUGUUUUGGGUUUUUACAACUUGUAUUGGUGAUUCAUAACAAUUUAAAAUAAAUGAUGUUUUGAUGCGAUAAAAUUCGCAUUUAGUCUUUACUUUUCCUGUCCUACGGUUAAAACAAACAGUUUUUAUUACAAAUUUAGUUACAGAAUAAGUUACUUAAUUCUCGUAAUGGAUAAUUUUCAAAAUAUUCCUUGGUGCAGAUCUAAUUGGAGCUUUCCUAGUAUUACAGAACAAGAUAAAAUACUGCUUCAUGAAUGUACAAAUUUACCUACAAAGGACCUAUUGAAUGAUGUCGAAGAAAUCAUAGAAAAUAGUCAUGUUUUCCCAAUACCAUUCCCGAUAGAAACUGUUAGAUUGGAUUAUUUAAAAACUCUCAGACCAAUAGAAAGAUUGGAAAGAAAUAUUGCAUCAACAUAUCCAGUCAUACAUGAAAGAGUCAUACUUUUGAUGUCAAAGUUUUUGAAUUACAAAAGAGAAUUUGGUUCAGAUGUCGAAAAGGCUUUAUACAUGGACAUGACAGUCCCAGAACUUAUAGACAGGAUAUUAAAAAAAAGAGCUGUAUGUUUUGUUGGGCCCAAUGACAAAUAUAAACUUCUUAAUGAGGAAGAGGGUGCAGAUGGAUGGGAGGAAGUAGGUACAUCAAAGGAAAAUCCGCCACUUGUACUGGAAGAUUGUUUGAGCUAUGAUGAAAUGAAACUCUCCUCCAUGGUUUAUGUCAGUGGUUACACUGAAUGUAUCAAUGAUGGUGCAAGACACAAUGAUGGUGUUGUCAACGAUGAUGCCGAAGAAGAUGCUAUUAUAAUUGGCUUGAUUGGCCCACGCUUCGCUCGGCGCGGUAAGAUGGACUAUGAGGAUAUCCUCAUAACGAAAGAGCAGAAUAGUCCAGAGAAUGGGUAUGGAUGGGAGGGACAAAAAUGGAAAAGUUUUUUCAAAAUGUUUAAAACAGUCGAUCAAAGUUCACAAAAACAUCAGGCAGCCAAGCAUGCUAUGAGAGAAAUGUGGUCUGAUUUCUAUGAGGCACCCACGUCAGUAUACAGCGAAUCAUUGCUUAAAGAAAUAAAAAGCAAAACCCCGCAAUUCACAGACAGAUACAAACACGUCAUAAGGGGGAAAAAAUAUAGUUGUAUAUUUGACAAUGAAGUGUAUUACAAGAGGAUAUGUGUAUUAGCUGAAGUAACUCUUAUAGAAGCUGAUUCCAGGGCUGAGGAGAGCGGGAGAAACGCAUUUGUGAAUGUCAUUGGAUGUGGGCUCGGCGUUUGGAUGAUAUCGAAGCAUCAACCAGAUGUCUACAUUCUCACGUUUUUGGAGAGGAUCAAUACAUUCCUUAUGAAUGACCGGUUAAAUCAUGUCACUGAUAUCAAUUUUGGAUAUAUCGAUUGCAGUCCUGAUGUUGAAGUUUUAUUUAAUGAUCGAGAAGGUGUGAAAAAACUUUUUCUUGAAAGUAAAACACAUCCAAAAGGUGGUAUCAAUGUGCAGCUUGAGAACCGUGAACCGUCGUCCCGACUGUCGGGCGAGCACGCAGGCAAGCUGCUGGUGCUCACGUACCCGUGGGACAGCAACGCGCAUCCGGGGAACGAGUUCUGGUUUGGUAGUCUACACUCAUCAGGGGACCCGGCAGCCGCGUGCUCCACGCAGGUGUCGGAGCUGCACAACGCGCACGUCAACCCCGCCGUGAGCGCGCGCCACGUGCGCGUCGCGGGCCGGAGCGGGCUCCGGACGCUUUCCGAAUACUGUCUCGCUCUCGUCGCCUAAGAGUGAACGAGACAGAUAUAUAUAUAUAAUCCUGUGACUUUAAUAUACGUACAUAGACCAUGCUUUCCAACUACGUACAUUCUUUUUAUAUUUAUU